AUGGCGUUUGCUGGGACAAAUGUUAGUUUGUCCCAGCCGGAUAUAAUGCUAAAACUGACGGAGCGCAUAGACGACCUUAAGCAGAGAUUCGCUGCAUGGGGAAAGCGGAUUCGGCGAUAUACCGAGAGGUUGACACGGUUCAACCAGAAUCGUCUCUUCCAGAGUGAUCAGAAGAGGCUUUAUAAAUCAUUGGAGCGACCAAUGGUAAGUGGAACGGGCCCAGCACCGAAUCAGGCCGACACGGUCGCAUUCUGGCGCAGCCUGUGGUCAGAGCCCUUGGACGGAAGUUGUGGCGAGUCAGUGUGCGGGUAUAACGUCCGUGGACCCCGUCAUCAUAACGCCGGAUGA